GCCGCGCUCACACAGGCCUCUCCAAACGACGCAAACAAACUUCACCGAGAUGACGCGCUCUCCUCUGACUCUGAUCCUACUGCUCCUCCUCUGCGCCGCCGCCGCCACGGCGGCCGUGCCGCGGUACCGCGAGGCGCCGCACUUCACCAACUCGGCGGCGGCGCAGUGCCCGCCGCCGCUGCAUCCGUCGGACGCGGACGCGGCGUGCUCGCCGCACGCGGCGGUGCACGUGGCCAUGACGCUGGACGCGUCGUACCUGCGCGGCACCAUGGCGGCCGUGCUCUCCGUGCUGCGCCACGCGUCGUGCCCGGAGUCCAUCCACUUCCACUUCAUCGCCUCCGCCUCCCCCAAGUCCAGGGCGACGGCGGAGGAGCUGGGGGCCACGGUGCGCGCGUCGUUCCCGUCGCUGGCGUUCCGUGUCUACCCGUUCGCCGACGAGGCCCGCGUGGCGGGGCUCAUCUCCACCUCCAUCCGCGGCGCGCUGGACCGCCCGCUCAACUACGCGCGGUCCUACCUCGCCUCCACGCUUCCCCCCUGCGUGCGCCGCGUCGUGUACCUCGACUCCGACGUCGUGCUCACCGACGACAUCGCGUCCCUCGCCGCGACCCCGCUCCCGGGGGAGGAGGAGACGGCCGUGGCGGCGCCGCAGUACUGCGGCGCCAACUUCACCGCCUACUUCACGCCGGGGUUCUGGGCGUCCCCCGCGCUGUCCUCCACCUUCGCGGGCCGCCGCGCCUGCUACUUCAACACGGGCGUCAUGGUGCUGGACCUCGCGCGGUGGCGCCGCGCGGGCUACACGGCGCAGAUCGAGGAGUGGAUGGAGCUGCAGAAGCGCGUGCGCAUCUACGAGCUUGGCUCGCUGCCGCCGUUCCUGCUCGUGUUCGCCGGCCGGAUCGCGUCCGUGGACCACCGAUGGAACCAGCACGGCCUCGGCGGGGACAACUACCGCGGCCUCUGCCGCGGCCUGCACGCCGGCGCCGUCAGCCUGCUGCACUGGAGCGGCAAGGGGAAGCCCUGGGACCGCCUGGAUGCCGGAAGGCCCUGCCCGCUCGACGCCGUCUGGGCCAAGUACGACCUGCUCCGGCCGGCCGCCGGCAUCGAGAGCUCGUGACCACCCACAACGGCGUUCGAUCGAGUUGAGCGCUCGUUUUUUUUGGUCGGUUUAGAAGCACGUGAUGUUCGUUGUUUUGUUGAUCUAGACUAGAUAUUUGGUAGAUCGAUCAUCAGAGGGUUCAUGUGAACUGUACAUACUGUUGCUAACUUCAAUAAUAAUAACUACAAGAGCAAUAUUCCUGGAAAAGUUUUUAGUUCUCCA